UUUUAGCAUUUUAGGUCGGUUUUAGUUUUAGGGACAAAGAGUUCGUUAGUUGUAUCAAUUAACUAUUUCUUAGGUACCUACAUGACAAAAAGUAUUCUAUCAAUAUGGCAAUUCUUAACCAGAUUCUCGCAACUGGUGUUAUUAGCUAUGUGUGCACUACAAUGGGCAUUAUGUAUACUUGGCCAUCAUCUACACUCAAACUCUUCAGUUCUUCGAAUACGACACUCGAUAGAGUUAUGACAGAAACUGAAACAGCACUAUUAGGAAGUAUAUCAUCUAUAAGUGGUAUAAUCAUAACGCCGUUCUCUGGAUACCUAAUUGAUACUCUUGGAAGAAAAUGGUGUUGUAUAGUCUUUUACAUGGCACAAUUGGCUGGUUGGCUCAUUAUCGUCAUGUGGUACAGAGUAGAAGCAGUUCUGAUUUCCAUCUUCCUGUCUGGCUUGAGUGCAUGCAUUUUUCUCACCAUACCGAUCUAUGUCAGCGAGUACUGUCAGGAAUCCAUUCGUGGAUCCAUGACUUCAGGUUCUAUGAUUUUCUUCGGAAUUGGGAUGUUACUAUCAUAUUUACUGGGAGGACUUUUGGAAUAUAGACUGAUGAACUACACUGGUCUAACAUUGACUGCUCUUGGAGUAGUUAUCUUCAGUUUUAUGAAGGAGUCUCCGUUGUUCUUGAUGCAGAAGGGACGCGAGACAGAAGCAGCGAGAUCUAUAGCGUUUUACAGAGGUAUAAAAAUUGGCUCCAAAGAAGUGCUCCAAGAAAUGGAAAAAAUUAAGCGAACAUUGAAUCUCGAUUUUGAAAACGAUUGUACUCCUCGCGAGGAAAAGAAGUUAUAUCCAGAGGGUCCUAAGAAGAAAUUGUCACCGUGGAAAUAUUUAAGCAAAUCCUGCUCAACUCGCAAAGCACUUUUAGUCUCAAUUAUGCUUUACACUUCGAGCAUCUUCCAAGGACUAGUUGUUGUACAAGUGUAUGCUGAGCCGUUGUUUGAAAAAGCUGUGCCGAGCAUGUCAGCUAUGCUGUCGAGCAUUCUAUUCGCGGUAGUUUCUGUAAUAGCUGGAUUCUUAGGAGCAUAUCUCAUUGAUGCCAUAGGAAGACGACCUCUAAUGAUCUACGGAUCACUGGCAACAGGAAUCUGCUGCGUUAUCCUCGGCUCGCAAAUCCAUAUAAAUUGGGGUCCAAACUGGUUGACUGCAGUAUUCAUGCAUGUGUAUUGUGUUACUUAUGUGCUCGGUGCGGGGACAGUUCCGUACGUCAUUGUCGCUGAAAUAUUUUUACCUGAGAUCAAAAGUUUUGCAUCGAUGAUUUCAAUAGAGUGGGCGUUUUGCUGCAACUUUUUGAUUUUGUUCAUCUUCAAUCCUCUAGUCGCUGCUGUUGGUCUUGGUCCCGUAUUUUAUCUUUUCGCGAUUAUAUGCUUCCUCAGUGUCGUCUUCUGCUACUACUUCCUGCCAGAAACAAAAGGUCUGCCAGUUGACGAGCUGCAGCAACGAUUUCUUAAGAGAGCAAACUUACUUUAAGAAAUUAAAUUAAA